AUGCAGGGUGCCUCUACCACCUCCACUCUCCUUUUUCUUAUGCUCCCCACCCUCCUAUUCUUCUCUCACCUUCCCUGCACAGUGAAUGGGGACUGCUGGCUCAUUGAAGGCGACAAAGGCUAUGUGUGGCUGGCUAUCUGCAGUCAGAACCAGCCACCAUACGAAACUAUCCCCCAGCAUAUCAACAACACCGUCCAUGACUUGAGAUUGAAUGAGAACAAGCUGAAAGCUGUGCUUUUCAGCUCCAUGUACCGCUUCACCAACCUUACUGACCUCAACCUCACCAAGAAUGAAAUCAGCUACAUUGAGGAUGGAGCCUUUGCAGGACAAGCCAACCUACAGGUUCUUCAGCUCGGCUACAACAAGAUGACAAACCUAACUGAGGGUAUGUUGAGGGGGCUCGGCCGCAUGCAAUGCCUCUUCCUCCAGCACAACCUCAUUGAGGUUAUAGCCAGCAAUGCAUUCUGGGAGUGCCCCAGCCUCAGCAGCAUUGACCUGUCAUCCAACAGACUUGCCCGCAUUGACCCAGCCACAUUCACGGUUCUUGCUCGGCUGAUGGUGUGUGAACUGGCAGCAAAUCCAUUCCACUGCGGCUGUGAUCUGUACAGCUUCCUAAUCUGGUUGGAGUCCUUCAACAAUGUGACGCACACCUAUGACCGCCUCCAGUGUGAGACGCCCCGGGAAAUGUUUGGCUACCCCUUACUCAUCGCUGCUGGUCAUGCUGGUCGGAAUGCCAAAAAUAUUUUGUACCAUCACUGCCGAGAUGGAGUGAUGAUUCCAGGUAUGACCUCCCUCCCACCAGAUCUGGAUGGUCCUUCAGGUAUUGGGCCAGAGAUGUUUAAUGGUGUGGGUCCGUACCACCAGCCCACCACCUCUUCCUCAUCCACUGAACACAGCUUCAUUCCCAGCAUCAAGCUCCAUCAUGUCUCUUUGUCAUCAGCCUCUCUCCUUGUACAGAUUCCAAGGCCCUACAGCAAGAUGUAUAUUCUAACACAAUACAACCACACAUAUGUGUCUGACGUAAUGAAUUUGAAGAACAAGAAGGAGAUGAUUACCCUCAACAAGCUCAAGCCGCAUACUAAUUACACCUUCUGUGUAGCAUCCAUCCGCAACUCUCAACGUUACAACCACACCUGCCUCCAGUUUUCCACUCGGGCUCAGAAUCAAGAUGACAUGCUCCCCACACCUUCCACUACUACUCACUACAUAAUGACCAUUGUGGGCUGCCUUUUUGGCAUGCUCAUUGUUUUAGGCUUUGUCUACUACUGUCUGCGUAAGAAACGGAUGCAUGAUGAGAAGAAGAAGUCCAUCUGCGUCAAGAAAACUAUUCUCGAAAUGCGCUACGGACCAGAGGUGGCAGCAGCAGUGGCAAAUGAUCCAUCUGCAGUCCACAAGCUCCAGGAGCAGUCCAGGGAACAUCACCAGUAUCAGCACCACCAUGGAGGCAAACUUCCCAUGUCCGCAUCCUCUAGCUCGGGAAUGCUGCACUCAGCCAACACCAGUUCCUCCAGACUUUCCUCUAUUCCGCAAGUAGAAAAGAUGGCCACUGCCUUUUCAGAGGCCAUGGCUACAAGUAAAGGAAACUACAUGGAUAUCAGAACUGGAGGGGCAGGGCUGGAGAGGAUGGGAGAUGGCGGGCAUGGUGGGCUAGACUUGAGGGACGAUGAUGGAACUGAUAUUGGGGAUGACUCAGAUGAUGACGGACAUGGCUCGGCAUCAGAGAUUUCCACCAUUGCCAUGGAGGUGGACAAGGUUAACCAGAUCAUUAACAACUGCAUUGAUGCACUGAAACUGGAUGCAGCAGCAGUUGCUGCUUCAGGGGCCUCUACUAACCCUAUAUCCAGCUCUAAUCCCACCUCCCCUCCUCCCACAAGCACGUCCUCCCUUACUCGUGGCCUAAUCCCACUCUCCCAAGGGGUGACAGAGACGUGCCAAGUCAUGGCUCCAAACAAAAUACCCCCUCCGCCUCCACUCCCCGCCUUGAAUACCCCUCUCUCUGAGCGCCCAGGGAUCAGUGGUGGUGGCUUUGUCGUCACUCCCCCCUACAGGCCCCCUCCGCCAGCCACAGCUGUGCGUCCCAUUCAGCGGCAAAUGAGUGCUGAUGCAGCUGUGGUUAUUGUAAAUUCUGUCAAGAAACAGUGCAGCACCACCUCUUGUGGCUCCAUGGGUCGGGACAGGGAUCGUGGAGGAGCUAGGGUGUAUAGCCUGGAUGUUCCUGAGCCACGGAGCCCAGAUGCUUGUAAUCAACAACAGCAGCAGUACCCAGACCGGGCCAGUCCCGUGGGCUGUGGGGAGCCCCUAGAAAGGCUGCCUUUAGUGGGGAGUGGGAGCUGUGGUGGAGGGGGUGGUGGUGGUUGCGACAGUGGUGGUGUUGGUGCCCAACAUCAGGACAACCAGAAGCCACACCAUUAUCAUCAACAGCAACAAAUACAACAACAGCAGCAGCAGCAGCAGCAGCAGCUGGAGGUGCAGCAGGACUACCACUGCUCGGAGCACCGCCACUCCGUCCCAGCUCUAUAUUAUGAAGGCUCCCACCAAGGCUCCCCAGCCCAGAGGGUUUCCUUCCUUAAGCCCCUGACACGCUCCCGCAGGGAUGCAGCGUCCUACUCCCAGCUUUCGCCUGCCCGCCACCAUUCCAGUUACUCUGGCUACUCCUCUAGCCCAGAGUACUCCUCAGAGAGCUCACUGCGGAUCUGGGAGCGCUUUCGUCCCUAUCGGAAAGGCCAGCGCGAUGAAGCCUGUUAUGUGACGGCUGGAAAUGCCCUUAGAAAAAAGGUGCAGUUCGCUAAAGGCGAGGACCUGCAUGACAUCCUUGAUUACUGGAAGGGGGUGUCGGCACAGCAGAAGCUGUGACUGGGGGACCAGAAAUAGGCAUUGUGGUAAGAAGAGUUUGGAUGCUCCUUUUCCUGAACGGCCCGUGGGCCAGAGGAACGAUUUGAAGAUCAUGGGGAGAAAAAUAUAGGACAAAAUUUUGCCUUUGGGUUUUUUUUGGCAUGCUAGGUGUAUAGAAUUUUGUGCUAAAGCAAGGACUGUGAAACUGUGCCUGGGAUAUGAGAGUCAUGGUGUUUUAUUUUACACUUCAUUGUAGCACCAUUUCUGGAUCAUUCUCAUUGAGUGUUUGUGGGUUUUAUUUUUUCGCACAGGGAGCCAAUGCCAACUGUGUAAUUUAGUACUCUUUGAGUGAUCAUGUUUUGUGAUCCUAUGGACCGUCUUUAUCAGUGCCAUGUUUUCAUCUAUGGGUAAUCACAGAAGGUAAAUGCUGAUAUCCUUCAUUUUAAGCUUGUGGGAUCCAAGAUGUUGUUUCCUAUUUGGUAUUGGGUGCUGUAUCAAUUUGCAGAUAUGUUUAGACUUCUGAGUGAAGGCAGACUAUGACAGGUGGGAUCUGUGCUCUGAUACAAGUGACAACAUGCUGUUUAGUGAACAGAUUUGUCAAAUGCAGGCCCUAUCCCUCUUCCUCGAGAUCCUUCAUGUGGCUGAGGUAUUUGCAUUUCAAUAGCAUCUGUCACACAGAAAGAACGGAAAAAUUGGAAACAAAUUAACAAUGUGAAAAUAGUCCAGUCGGCUUGAAGGUCCUGCAGUAUGAGGAAAUCACGAGAGAAAGAUUGUGUGGAACAUAACACUCAAAUAGUGCUUGGAUUGCACCCUGAGGUGUUUCACAUGUCCUUCCAACAAACACUCUUGCAUGGCUCAAUACGCGAUGUAAGGAAUGUUCCACAGAUGUCUCAAGCUUUCCUAAACGGCAGUUGCCCAAGUCGUGAUCAUAAUUGUUUGCGUAAUUUCAAAGAGUACAGAGGGCAAAAUGAUGUCCCUUUAUGAAGGUAAUUAGAUGCUACUUACCUGUGCAACAGGGAAAUUUAACUAUGUGACAGAUGAGCUCACACAAUCCCUUUAUAGAAAGACAUGAGAGAUGUGACCCACAUGUGACAGAGACCAAGACAAACUGAAAGCGAGAGGGGGUAUAAAAAAAAAAAAAAGGGAAGACAAGCAAAGAUAUAAAUAAUUUUCUGCAGCCACUGUGGAUGUUAAGUAGAUUUCUUGCAGGUUAUGGGGAAAUCUCUUUGCAUCAUUCAAUGUGAGCACCACAGUACAUUCCAAAUCCUUUCUCCAACAUUAAAACUGGAUUGAGGCACAGAGGGAAAGGACACGUCUAAUUACUGCCAACACGUCUGUUUUGUUCUGGAAAUUAAUGCUAUUGUUGUCUAUUGAUAACUUAAUUAGUCGACUUGUGACAGGCAUGUUCGCUUGCACUUUACGCCUCAUGAUUGUGUGUGUGUGUGGCCGUGUGGUACACAGUGGUCAGUGUAAGUGCGUGUUGGCAUGCCUUGUCAGAUUAUAUUCUAUGUGCCCAAAUUGACUUAAAUUAAUAGUUGUCACAUCUUACCCAUUGGCUGUUCAUCUAAGUCUAAACAAUAUUAGAUAAUUAAUGGCAUGGACAAAUGUACAAAUGUGUUCAUUGUAUUUUCCCAGACAUCCAUCACAUGAUCGUGAUGCUCAGAUAUACACACAGUAGCGCAGUGCCUCUUGCUAACACAGCCAUAAUCUAAUCUCCAUUCUUGUAUAGUAUUAUCCAUCCACCUGGCCUUUGCUAUUGAAAUGAUGUGAUUCUCCUCAAUGAUAGUGUUAUUGCCUGGCAUUCUGACAAAAGGCAUCCUGCUUACCCAAAGUGCUGUGUAGCCUUUGCUUUUUUUUUUUUUGCCAUUAUCAGCAAACAUACACAAUUUGAGACAUUCUACCCUAAAAAUGUGAAAACUGAAUCAGUGGUCCUUGCUCCACAUUUUUGUUCAGGGCUAUAUUCAAGAGGAAAAAAAGUUAUACAGACAAGUUUAAUCUUAGCAACAGUUUUCUCUCUCCUUUGAUCCUCAUGUCUUUACUAAAUGAUGUUCAUUUGUCCCACCUCCCACUACUUUCACUGCCCCCGCAGGUUUGAUGGGCUAUGGGUUUGGCGUGAGACAUGUCUUGUUGUGUUUUAUUAAAAGAGAAAUGUGAGAAAUAGCCUUUCUUGCAGGUAGGACUUGGGUCUGCACAACACAUCUCAACACUGCUUUUCUUCUUUUUUUUAGAGCGGUCGAUUUUUUUUUUAGCACAUGCUUGACUCCUUUGAAUAAAAGCAGGUUAAAUAGGACUGAAUAUGCAACUACGAGAGGCUGGUUUGUAAUAGUAUUUCCAUAUUGAUCUGUGUAUUUCUUCCUCCCUCUUUGUUUUCAUGAAACGUCUAUCUCUGUCUCAUUUUCCUUGUUUUAUUAAGCUGUAUGCAUACAGUCAGGGUCAGAGGUCUUUAACCUUGGAGUCAGUGUUCUGCCGUGAGUGUUUACGAUUGAUCGGACCGCAUAAAUUCAAGAGCCUCAAUGUUGUCUUUUAGUACUAGCGUGUAUGGGACGCACCACCUCAUCCGCCUUCUUUAUACGAUAAAGCACCAUGUGAUGAACAGUCUUGGAAAUGUCUGCCGCUGAUCUCCUAUUACGUGAGAUAAGAAAGUUUCCAAAGGAACUUGUUACUGUGAUUGACUCAGACAAAUCAGACGAAAGGAUUUUCUUUGCUGGUACGUUCCAAGAGUACCUAAUCACACAGAAGGAACGUGGCGUGUUUAACUCCCCAGAUCCUCAACUGCCAUAAGUUUACAGAAAUGGACACUGAGGAUAAGUGUAAAUGUUCAGUAAUAUCAGGAUUGCUCCUCAUUUCAGCUGCCAUUUAUGUUCAUCUAACAGACGAGAUGUAAUGUGACAGAAAAUCCUGAUUAUUACUGUUUUCAUGGAUGAUUUUUAAUUUCAUACAUUUUCUAUUUUAAUUAACAUAUUUAACGCACCAAUGUAUUUUUCAGGAAAAAAAAAAGAGAUUUUCAGGGUGGACAGAUGUUUGUUCAAGUGCUCUUCUGCUCAGAUUUCAUUCAAACGUUUGUUUGAAUAAGCCUCUGUGAUGAUACAGCAUUACUGGCCCAACAGACAACAUUGUCAAUGCUGGUGGGAGAAGUGCCAAUCUGUCUAAUGAUUUAUAAACAGUGUUUUCACCAUAGCUCAAAUGAGUGCUAUUGUUGGAGGGGAAAUUGUGUUUCCCAUCAUUAAUAAUAACUUGAAAGCCUGCUGCCAAAACAACCACAAAAGAGUCAUGGCAAAAUGGAAAUGAAGACAUGGAAUUCAAAAUUGAUGAACGAGUCCUUCUAUAAGUCAGUCCAAAACAGUCAAAACAGGUACAAGUAUGAACAAAAGAUGCUGAGAAUUUUUUCCAAAGUGGACUUCCGAAUAAACCUCUGCUCUUUAUUAUUGCUUGUUCCCCUCAAGCAAAGCAAUUACUGGUGGUUUAGACAUAACAGUUGUGUUAAUUGGCCUUGGAGGUUAAGCGGUAGUUAAUAAAGUUUUACAGUUCUGUUGUGGUUAUGUGAGAAGUUUAUAUCUAUAAUUGUCACUCUACAGGAUUGUAGAUUCCCAUAAAACAGAGUAGACUCUCGGGUAAUAGCCAGUUCAAAUAACUUACCAGCUGAAUUAUUAAAAUCUCAACCAGGACCACAAAUAUUUCUCAAAACAUUCGGCAUGCUAGUGUACCUGUUUUUUGUCCCACAAAGCCAGCAUCAAACAAAAAAACCCUUCUUUUCCUUUUCAGCUCAUAUCCUCACUGAACCCCUGGAGGGUGGCUCACUCGGAGAUCAAUGGUCCUUUUUGUAGCACCGUCCUUGUUGUUUGUCUCAGAGCCACAGGAAAGCCAGACGUGAGAAAGCCAUCUAAUGUGCUAUUAAUGUUUAAUCCUUUUUGUGGGAGGCUGGCUCGGGUUGCUUCCCCUAUCUGCGUAUACCGCCACAAAAUCACAGAUGCUUUCAGUUUCUAACAUGUUAAUCCUUUGAUGCUCUCUUAUAUUUAAAAGCCUGGCCCAAUUAAACUCUAGUUUCUUAAAUAAUGAAUCAGAGCCCAAAAUGGGGUGUGGGUUUAUGUCUAAUCAGUUUCUAAAUUACUAAAGGAGUUAAAUGCAUCCAUUAGUGGAGACCACAGUAAAAGGUCCCAAUCCUCCCAUGACACA